AUGGAGACAGAGCAAGAGAUGGAUGAAGAGAUGGAGCAGGAGUUGUUUGAAGAGGAAGAUCAGUUUCAAGAGCCAGAGGAGUUUCCAGAGGCAGUGCAGUUUCCAGAGCAAUGUCGUGCUGGAGCACUUCCACAUGGUUCAUUCACAGAAGCAGCAAACAAAUUCAGAGUGCAUCCAAGGACAGCCAGCCGCUUAUGGACGAUAGCCACUCAUCAAAUUGAACAAGGAGAACCUGUUGUCUUGAAAGGCAAAGCAUCAGGUUAUAGUAAGAAAAAAGGUAAAGUAAAUCUUGAUGAAGACAAGUUUAGACACUUGUCUAUGCUUGAGAGAUCCUCCAUCAGAAAACUUGCUAUUAAGACGGAAGUUAGCAAGUCCACAGCUGGCAGAUGGGUGAAGGGAAACAAGAUAAGACCACAUACAAAUGCCACCAAGCCUGCACUCACUGAUGUGAACAAAAUUUCAAGAAUGAGAUGGAGUCUUACUCAUAUUCAGCCAACCAUAGCUGAAGGUAAGCUUCUCUAUCAUGCAAUGCACAACAUUGUUCAUAUAGAUGAGAAAUGGUUCUACAUGACAAAGGCUUCAGAGAGAUACUACCUAUUGUCGGAUGAGGAUGAGCCUUACAGGUCUUGUAAGUCAAAAAGAUUCAUCACUAAAGUGAUGUUCAUGUGCGAUGUCAGUAGGCCAAUGUUUGGCAGUGAAGCCCAUCUUUGA